CAUUCUUGUGUUGACUACAUUUACUCAGCAUAAGAAUAAUUCAUAAUUCAUGGUUGUGAAGCACUAAAUUGCAGUGAAGUUUUUCAAAUUUCUAAGAAAAAAUUAUAAUCGUGAAGAGAAAAGAAGUUAAGGAAUAGAUGGCGUGUGAAAUAAUCUUUGAUAAGAUAGUAGAAGAGAACCCUUUCUUCAACUUGGAACCAGUUUGAAGGGUCGCCCAACAUUUGAAUAUGAUAAGUCAAACAUCGGAGGAGUUGAUCACGACUGCACCAACUAGUGCAGCGAAAACAUCAAAUCAAUGUUUGAAGCCACGGAAGUUGAACACCAGAACAUUUGAUUUUCUUUGGUGGCGUGAUUCACGACGUGAAAACAUAUUAAAAAAGAAAGAGAUUCAGAAAAAAAAAGAAGAUUUGAUAGAUGUUAAAAUCAUUGAAAGCAAAGCGAAAAAUACUUUUUCCCAUAAAACGUCUUUCGAUUUUUUUAAUAAUAUUAAAAAACAUAUGCAGAUUAAAAAGUUGACACGUAAAUCCAAGCAAAGAACAAAGGAAAUCGAAGAAUCUAGCUUACAAACUAAUAUAAACUAUGAUCAAAUAGUGCUUCAAAAGAACAGACCUAUGAUUCCUAUGCAAGAAAAUAAUGUCCCUGAAAUAAAAUGUGAAAAGACUGGUAAGAAUUCUGAUAAUCUAAGUAACAAUGAAACUUUAACUACUACAGAAAUAUCACAAAAUGAAUGUAUCUCAGAGAAUUUAAAUGAAACAAUAAAAAGUUGUAUUGAUACUAAAGAGAAAUUAGAAAUAAUUAAUACACAAGUUAUUGAUAAGUUUGAAACAGAUACUAAUCAUGAAAGUAUUUCUAACAUAUAUCAAUCAUGCUCCAAUAAUGAAGCACAACAGUUAGAACCCAAAACAAUAAUAGAAAAUAAUAUAGCAGAACAGCAAGUUGAAAAUAUUAAGGAAAAUAUAGAGGAUAGUAGAAAUAAUGAUAAUAAAGUAAAAGCAAGUCUCACAGAAGAAUUGCUUAAGUUAAGUAAUUAUGGAUGGUAUUGGGGUCCAAUAUCAAGUAAUGAAGCUGAUGCCAAACUUAUAUCAGAACCAGAUGGUGCAUUCUUAGUUAGGGACUCUUCAGAUGACAGAUAUGUCCUAACCCUUAGCUUUAAGUCAUCUGGCAAAUUGCUCCAUGCUCGUUUGGAACAUAGUGGUGGUUUGUUCUCUUUAUGCAACCAAAGUGAAAGUGAAGGAUUUAGUUCAGUGGCUGAUUUAAUUGACUAUUCGAUGAAUUUUAGUCAAACAGCAGUUUUUUGCUAUUCACGACCUAGAUAUCCUGGUUAUCCAUCUUUUCCAGUUAGAUUGACAAAGCCAGUAAGCAGGUUUACUCAAGUUCGAAGUUUGCAAUAUCUUUGUCGUUUUGUUAUACGUCAAAAUACUAGAUUAGACAAUAUUCAUAAAUUACCUUUACCAAAAACUAUCAAAGGUUACAUAGAAGAAGCACAUUAUUAA